AUGAAGUACGUCCUCAAUGAAGACUACAUUUCAAAGUUGAUACCUUUGGUGGAAAUGGCCGAGGAUAUGGAAGAUUUGCCGAGUCUUCACCGGCUGUGCAAUAUCAUGAAGACGGUGAUCUUGCUCAACGACCCAAACAUCAUGGACCUUGUAGUUUCGGACGAGCUUAUUCUUGGUGUGGUGGGAGCCUUGGAAUAUGAUCCAGACUUUCCCAGUCACAAAGCAAAUCAUCGGCAUUGGUUGAGCAAGGAAGGGAGAUACAAGGAGGUCGUGCAUAUCGACGAUGAAACUAUCCGGAAGAAGAUCCACGCCACAUACCGACUACAGUAUCUGAAGGAUGUUGUACUGGCUCGGAUUCUGGAUGAUCCUACUUUCUCUGUGCUCAAUUCUUCAAUCUUCUUCAACCAGGUCGAUAUCGUUGGUCACUUACAAACGAAUCCCGCUUUUCUCAAGGAGCUUUUUGGAGUAUUCGGGCCACAGGAAACGGAUCAGGAGCGGAAGAAAGAGGCCGUACUGUUCAUUCAACAAUGUUGUGCCAUUGCCAAGAAUAUUCAACAACCCACUAGACAACAGCUCUACAAUAACUUCCUUGGGCAUGGACUAUUAUCAGUAAUUAACUUCGCUCUUCGCCACAGCGAUGUUGGCGUUCGAGUGGGAGCCACGGACGUUUUGGUCUCCAUGAUCGAUCAUGAUCCACAAAUGAUACGCCAGACUAUCUUUCGUCAAAUCAAUGAGAAACAGACACCUCUCACAGACUCUUUGAUUGAUCUCCUCCUUGUGGAAGCGGACCUCGGAGUCAAAGCACAAAUCGCCGAUGCAAUCAAAGUUUUGCUUGACCCAGGCUCACAGAAUGGCCCGCUCGACAAUAUGUCUAGAGGCAAUGGAGACAUUCCAGGCAGGAUGCGACCACAGCCUGAUCCUCAGCAAGCUGAGUUUGUAAAGGAUUUCUAUGAUGAUUCCGCCAAGAAGCUGUUUAAGCCUCUGGUAGACUUGAAAGAUCGAGAAAACAUGGAUUUCAGCGUUCAUCAAGUAUCCCUAUUCAUCUAUCUCAUCGAGAUACUUUGCUUCUUCGUCAGACAACACACUCAUCACAGCAAGUACUUCGUUCUCUCAGAGAAGUUGGGUCAACGAAUUGCGCAGCUUCUCAAGAGUCCAGAGAAGUAUCUGCGUCUAACCGCACUUAAAUUCUUCCGUAAUCUGAUUGGUCUGCAAGACGAAUUUUAUAAUCAACAGAUGACCCAGGGGAAGCUGUUCGAGCCAAUAUUGGACCUGGUGAUCGAGACAAUGCCGCGUGAUAAUCUCUUGAACUCAGCCUGCUUGGAGUUUUUCGAUUUCAUCAAGAGGGAAAACAUCAAGAACAUCAUUAGUCAUUUAGUUGAAAAUUACAGGGAGAAGUUGGCAAAGAUCACAUACGUCGACACCUUCAACAACUAUAUCAUCCGAUAUGACCAGACCCAGGGUUUUGCUUCGAACUUGGAGAGUUCAUUUUUAGAUACCGAGGAAGAUACCCCAAAACGACCAGAAACGGGCAGAGGGACCAGGUGGGAAGGAAUCAAGGAUCUCGACGCCCAAGAGGAAGAGUACUUCAACACAUCAGAUGAUGAAGACGAUGUGGCCAUUAAGGCAUCACCUAGUCGACCGGCUGUCAAUGGUGCAUCACCUGCGUCAAAGCCUCUGGUUGACUACAAUUCUGAUGAGGAGAACGAUAACAUGGAGACCGAUCUGUCCGCUGGAAUACUUGAGGAGACGGACGAGAACACACCACCCACCCUAUCGGCAAAGGACAGCAGCAAUGGUGUAUCUACUCCCCUAUCUUCUUCCACCCCCUCUCCUCCAGAGAAGAUCUCAGAAAAACGCCGCCGCGAGGAAGAAGAUGACGACGAGAUGAGUAAGCUUACGCAUCCGAAGCGUCGAAAUUCUUCUAGCUCAGUGGCAUCAAAUACAAGCAGUGUGCUAAGAAGGAAAAAGAGCUUCAACAACAGUCAGAACGGGGCUACCGGUGGCAAGAACAAGAUUGCUAUCAGCCUAUCAACAGCUAUCAAAACCGGUGGCGAUAGUCCAGGAGGAGACGGCGGUAACUGA